GAAGAAAAGAAAAAGGAGUCUAGUCAACCGCCCACCACAGGAGACUGGGGGACUUCCAUCUUUCUGGAUUUACUAUCAUUUCAGGGAUAUUUGUGCAGAAAGAAGACAAGAAAUUUUUUUGUGGGGGAUUACUAAACGCUCUCACUGGAUUGGGUCCUUAAUCUGGAGAUUUUAUUAAAAGACAACGGUCAGAUGACUCAGCUGCUGACUUACCUGAGAGGUUGAAGACUCAAAGGAGUAAAAAAUGGAUCAAAACUUGUUUGGAGGAGUCCCCAGGUUUCUCACACGGCCGAAGGCUUUCACAGUGGGCGUGGGCAAGGAUGCUACGCUCAGCUGCACUGUUGUUGGCAACCCGACUCCAAAGAUCACCUGGGAAAAAGACAAGCUCAAGCUUUCAUCCGGGGGCCGCUUUAAGACCGUGGAGGAUGGAGACAUCUACCGCCUGACCAUCUACGACCUCACGCUGGAGGACAGCGGUCAGUACAUGUGCCGAGCCAAAAACAACGUCGGGGAAGCCUACGCUGCUGUAACCCUGAAGGUGGCCCUCCCGACGGAGAUGUCUCAAAGGGCCCCAGUUUUCAUGGUGAAGCCCGCUUCCACGCGUGUGGCUCUAGGAGGAGAUGCUGUUUUCCACUGCCGGGUUGUGGCUCACCCUGAGGCCAACUUUGAGUGGGAGAAGGACGGGCGCUACCUGGGUGAGACGAACCGCAUUAAAAUUACGUCCGACAGCGACAGCAGCACCUUGAAGAUCCAAGGUGUGCGCAACCUGGACAGCGGCACUUACAUCUGCAGGGCCCAGAACACCGUAGGCCGCUCCCAAGCCGCUGCAGCUCUGGUGGUGGAUGCUCAGGAUGCUCGCCACAUGUCAGCGGACAAGAGCACCUCCCUCCUCUCCCACAUGCAAAAGCGCAAAGAGGAAAUGAAGAAGGACAUCUCCAUCUAUCGCACGGAGGAAAGCAACUCCUUCUCCACGUCCAACAUGACCGAUGCCCUGGGUUCUCUGAACCUGGAGCAUGAGCUGAGGGCGUCUGCGCUGGCAAGUCUCCCUAAAGGUGUGUUCACCCGCACCUGCACAGUGACUGAGGGCAAACAUGCCAAACUCAGCUGCUUCGUGACGGGUCACCCCAAACCGCACAUUAUCUGGAGGAAGGAUGGGACGAACAUCAGCGAGGGCCGCAGGCACGUCAUUUAUGAGGACCAGGCUGAGAACUUCAUCCUCAAGAUCCUGUACUGCAAGCAGAAUGAUAAUGGUCUCUAUACGUGCAACGCAACCAACAUGGCCGGGCAAACCUACAGUGCUGUGCUGGUUACAGUCAAAGAGCCAAAGGUGCCAUUUAAGAGGAAGCUGAAGGAUGUGGAGGUACAAGAAAAGACCUCAGCCAUGCUCAUGUGCGAAGUGCCUCUCAUCGCCACGCACACCAACUGGUUCAUGGAGGAAACGAGGCUGGAGCAAAACACCAAAUACCGCAUGGAAGAGGACGGGACGCUGCGUCGCCUCACCAUACAUAAUGUCACAACGAAUGAUGACGGAGUUUAUAUCUGCGAGAUGAAAGAGGGCAGCCGCACUGUUGCUGAGCUCACAGUCCUGGGGAAUAUCACAAAGAAGCUUCCUCGGAGGACCGUUGUUCCUGUCAGUGACACCGUCAUCUUCUGCGUUGAGCUGGAGCAUCCUUGUCCAGACGCCUACUGGACUCGCAAUGGCGAGAGGCUGAAGGAAGAUUCUCGUACUUCGAUUGCCUGUGUAUUUAGACAGUACACGCUGACAAUUAAAGACUGCCAGGCAGAUGAUUCUGGAGAGGUGGCCUUCGUGGCUGGAGACUGUAAGACUUCAACACGAUUCUCUGUCACUGCUCCCAGGAAACACCCCCCUGAUCCCCCAGUCGAUGCUGUGGUGCAGAACAAGACUGACUCGUCCAUCACCAUUCAGUGGUCUCCCCCUGACAGUGACCGUCCAGUACCCAUUAAAGGGUACAUUGUGGAGAGGAGGAAGGUCGGUGCUUCCACCUGGCAGAGGUGCAACGCUGGAGAAACUGUCACAACAACACAGAUCACCAUAAAGAGUUUUGCAGAGGAAUCUAGUUACCAAUUCCGUAUCUCUGCCACAAAUGACUUUGGCCAGAGUCCCUAUCUGGAAGUACCGGGCAGCUACUACCUCGAACCCACUGCAGAAAUCAGGAAAGGUCUGAUGAACAGUGCUGCAGUCUCUGGAGAGGAGUUCUCCAUCUCUGUCGAGCUGUCAGCUGUUUGCUCAGGCUUCUGGUCCCUAAACGGACGCCUCCUGCGGAGUGGAUCCGAAUACCUCAUCACCCGGUCUAAGAACACACACACACUGCUCAUUCAUGUCGUGACCACGGAAAUGAAUGGAGCCGAAAUCAAGUUCGUGGGGGGAGGUUCUCAGAGCAGUUGCAUCCUAUCUGUGAAGGCACCCUUUAUCAGGUUCACCAACAAGUCUGACCAUCCAGAGGUAGUGACCUGCAGUGUCCAAGAGACAGCUCAGCUGAGUGCUGAAGUGUCAGACUAUGAGACUCAGGUGGCUUGGAUGAGGAAUGGGCGAGAAGUGAAAAUGGGGAAGAAGUAUGAAUCUGUCAUUCAAGAUCGCAAGAGAAUCCUGAUUGUUCACAACGUCACAGAAGAAGAUGUGGGUCUUUAUGAGUGUGUCUUAGCUGAGGAUAGGAUGUCAUUUCAGCUCACAUUGAAAGAUGAGCCCGCCAAAUUUCUCAACAAAGCCAGGGGUCCCAUGGGAUUGUCAUCGUCCCUUAAAGGAGAUCUUGAGCUGAGCUGUGAGGUAUCUUCUGCGAGUGCCAUUGUUAUAUGGAAAAAGGAUAAAGUGGAGAUUAGUGAGGACCAAAGAACAACCAUCAUCUCCAAAGGGACCCAAAGGAAACUCAUCAUUAAGAGUGCCAAGAAAAUCGAUGAAGGAUAUUAUUGUUGUGAGACAGGAGCUGAUAAAGUCACAUUCCAUGUCAAGAUAAAAGAAUCCCAAGCAGCAGCAGCAGCAGCAGCGGCAUUCUCCAAUAAGGAAUUAGUUCAGAGGGAAGUCAAAGCCAUCCUCACCCAGAAAGCAACACUUCACUGCGAGGUGUCAGAUGCCAAGAUGGAGGUGAAAUGGUUCAAAGAUGGAAAGCUGCUGGAGUCGAGUAAGAAAAUAUACUUGGAGGCCAAGGGCACCACCCGGCAGCUGGUGAUUGAAAAUAUAGAGAAGAGUGAUGCUGGAGAGUACACGUGUGAAGCUGGAGGGGAUAAACUGGUCUUCAAGAUAUUUGUAUCAGAGGCCCUGUCUGCUUUCUGCAACAAGGAAUUAAUUCAGAGGGAGGUGAAAGCCACUGUUUCACAGAAAACCACCCUGAGCUGCGAGGUAGCGGACACAAAGACAGAGGUGAAAUGGUAUAAAGAUGGCAAGCUGCUGACUUCCAGCAAGACCGUCCACACUGAAUCCAAAGGGAAGAGCCGCCAGCUAGUGAUUGACAGCGUUGAGAGAAAAGAUGCUGGAGAGUACAUCUGUGAGGCUGGGACUGAGAAAUUGUCUUUCAAGGUUCACAUAGCAGAGGCCCAGUCGGUCUUCUUCAACAAGGAGUCGGUCCAGAAGGAUGUCAAAGCUACCGUGUCCCAGAAAGCUACGCUUAGCUGUGAGGUGUCUGAUACCAAGACAGAGGUUAAGUGGUACAAAGAUGGCAAGCUUCUCACUUCUAGUAAGACAGUGCAUACAGAAUCAAAAGGCAAGAGUCGGCAGCUUGUGAUCGAGAGCCUGGAGAAGAAAGAUGCUGGAGAGUACAUCUGUGAGGCUGGUGCUGAAAAGCUUGCCUUCAAACUUCAAGUGCAAGAGACACAGAUCCAGUCUGCCUUUUUCAAAAAAGAGUCUGUGCAGAACGAAGUGAAAGCCACUCUUUCCCAGAAAGCCACCCUGAGCUGCGAGGUAGCAGAAACGAAGACAGAGGUGAAAUGGUACAAGGAUGGCAAGUUGCUGACAUCCAGCAAAACUGUCCACACUGAAUCAAGAGGAAAGAGUCGCCAGCUUGUGAUUGACAGCGUGGAGAAGAAAGAUGCUGGAGAGUACAUCUGUGAGGCUGGUGCUGAAAAGCUUGCCUUCAAACUCCAAGUGCAAGACACACACGUCCAGUCUGUCUUCGUAAAAAAAGAGUCUGUGCAGAAAGAAGUGAAAGCCACUCUUUCCCAGAAGGCCACCCUGAGUUGCGAGGUACAUGACACGAAGACGGAGGUGAAAUGGUACAAGGAUGGCAAGAUGCUGACAUCCAGCAAAACUGUCCACACUGAAUCAAGAGGAAAGAGUCGCCAGCUUGUGAUUGACAGCGUGGAGAAGAAAGAUGCUGGAGAGUACAUCUGUGAGGCUGGAGCUGAAAAGCUUGACUUUAAAAUACACAUUGAAGAGAUCCAACCGAAGUCUGCCUUUGUGAGCAAAGAGUCUGUGCAGAAAGAAGUGAAAGCCACUCUGUCCCAGAAAGCCACUCUGAGCUGUGAGGUGAAUGACAUGAAGACAGAGGUGAAAUGGUACAAGGACGGCAAGCUGCUGACUUCCAGCAAGACGGUCCACGCAGAAUCAAGAGGCAAGGUUCGCCAGCUUGUGAUUGACAGCGUGGAGAGGAAAGAUGCUGGAGAGUACAUCUGUGAGGCUGGGACUGAAAAGCUGGCUUUCAAGAUGCUUGUUGAAGAGACCCAACUUAAGUCCACCUUCGUCAACAAGGAAUCUGUCCAAAAGGAGGUGAAAGCGUCUCUCUCCCAGAAAGCCACCCUGAGCUGUGAGGUUGCUGAUGCAAAGACAGAGGUGAAAUGGUACAAGGACGGCAAGCUGCUGACAUCCAGCAAGACGGUCCACGCAGAAUCAAAGGGCAAGAGUCGGCAGCUGGUGAUUGACAGCGUGGAGAGGAAAGACGCUGGAGAAUACAUGUGUGAGGCUGGGACCGAGAAGUUGGCUUUUAAGAUUCAUGUGGCAGAACCUCCAGCCGGCUUCUCUAACAAGGAAUCAGUCCAGAGAGAAGUGAAAGCAACGCUGUCUCAGAAAGCCACUCUGAGCUGUGAAGUUUCAGACUCCAAGAUGGAGGUGAAAUGGUUCAAGGAUGGAAAGCUUCUGACCUCCACUAAAGGGAUCCACAUGGAGUCAAAGGGCAAGACCCGUGAGCUGGUGAUAGAAAAAAUGGAGAAGAAGGAUGCUGGGGAAUAUACAUGUGAAGCUGGAAGUGAGAAGCUGGCAUUCAAGCUGCAGCUGACAGAUGGGGCUGUGAAGUUCAAGAAGAAGCCUGCCAAGGACACAUUUGUUGUUGAAGCAAGUGAAAAUGUUGUUUUAACUGCUGAGCUGGCCACAGAAGCUGGUACUGUGAAGUGGUUCAGAGAAGGUGUGGAGCUCAAGGAGAGCAGCAAGUGUGAAAUACGAAAAGAUGGGCUUUCUCGCACUUUGACAGUGAAAUCAGCUGAGACCAAAGACAGUGGAACAUACUCCUGCCAGACAACCGAUGACAAAGUGGAAUUCAAAGUUCAGGUUAAAGAUUCAGCUUUGAAGUUUGUUGUUCCUUUGAAACCUGCUACGGUGGAGUUGGGAGGAACACUUAGCCUAAUUUGUGAGCUGAAUCGGGCCUCCGGGGAUGUUGUCUGGCAGCAUGAGGGGCGUGAAAUUAAACCUGGGAACAGACACUGUGUCAGAACGGAUGGAGCAAAAAGGGUCCUCAGUGUAACAGCGGUGACUAAAGAAGAUGAAGGGGAAUACAGCUGCGUGUGUAAAAAUGACAAGACCUCUGCUAAAGUAACUUCUAAAGCACCAAGACCUGUGAGGUUGACCACUAAACUGAACAACGUCGCCGCAACGGAGGGAAAGGAUGCCAUUUUCAAAUGUGCAGUCACCCCGGCUGACGUCAAAGUUAAGUGGUUCCACAACGACAUACCCGUCACUGCUGGACCCAAAUACAAGCCCGAGCACGGAGGCGGGAGCUACUCGCUUACCAUCACAUCAGUCACACAGAAAGAUGCAGGAGAGGUUAGCGUUGAUGCAGAAGGCAAAAGCUGCAAAGCAACUCUUCAAGUCCAGCGUGAACCAGUCACGUUUAAGACAAAGCUGGAAAACCUAACGGUGGAGGAAGAGAGUGAAGUAAGACUGGAAGUGUUGCUCAGUAAGCCCUCAGAUGAAGUCAAGUGGAUGAAGAACAGUGUAGUCCUGCAGUCCACAGGAAACGCAGAGAUUCGAGUUGAAGGAGCGAAGCAGAUCCUGCUUUUCAAGAGAGUAACUUACUCUGACCGUGGCAUCUACUCUUGUGAGACCCUGGAUGACAAGACCCAGGCAAAGCUGACUGUUGAGAUGAAGAAGAUACAGUUAAUAAAAGCUCUAAAUGACACAAAAGCUCAUGAAACGGAGACGGUAACACUUGAAGUGGAGCUGAGUCAAGCUGAUGUUGAAGGCUUAUGGACCAGAGAUGGGGCCAAGUUAAAGUCAGGGCCAAACUGCCGCGUCACAACCCUGGGGAAGAAGCAUACCCUGACGCUUUCCAAUGUAAAGAGGGAGGAUGCUGGCACGAUUUCCUUCCAAGCAGAGGGAGUCCAUACCUCAAGCAAGCUGAUUGUCACAGAACCUCCUGCAAUGAUCUCCAAACCCAUUGUGGAUAUCAAUGUUCCUGAGAGGGAAAAAGCAACUUUUGAAUGUGAAGUGUCAAGAAACAACGCAGAAGUCAAAUGGUUCAAGGAUGAUGUUGAACUGAAGCCGGCAAAGAACGUCGCCAUUCAUUCGUUGGGCCGAAAGCGCACAUUGGUCAUCAACAAAUGCACACCUGAAGACGGAGGCACUUAUAUCUGUCGAACAACUGAUGAUAACACCUCUGCUAAGCUCACUGUUCAAGCCAGAGAUAUCAAGAUUGUUAAGAAGCUGGAAGAUGUGGAGGUGGUGGAAAAGGAGAGUGCUUCAUUUUCCUGUGAAAUCUCUCAUGAUGACGUGGAGUACCAGUGGUUCAGAGGAAACACCAAAAUUAAAGCCAGCGAGAACAUCAAGAUGAGACAAGAGGGCAGGACAUACGUACUGCUAUUCAAGUCUGUAACUCCUGAGGACAUGGGUGAAAUUAAAUUUAUAGCUGAAAAAGCUUCUUCAGCUGCAAAACUUAAAGUGAAAGAGCUACCUGUGAAGUUUGUGAAGAAACUCAGGGAUAAGAUAGCGAUGUAUAAGCACCGCGCUCAUCUCGAAUGCCAAGUGUCCCGUGCCAGUGCGAAGGUGAAGUGGUUCAAAAACAAGACGGAGGUCAGGCCCAGCAAAAAGUAUGAGAUGAAAAGUGAAGAUGUGUACCGAAAGCUCACCAUCAACGACGUGGACUCUGGCGAUGAAGACAUGUAUACGUGUGACGCUACUGAUGACAAGACAUCUUGUAAACUGCUGGUGGAAGAACAGUCCAUCAGUAUUGUACGGGAACUCUGUUCAGUCGAGGUGACAGAGCCCUUUGCGGCUGUUUUUGAAGUUGAAGUCAGUAUGGAAUUGGUGAAGCCUCCUAUUUGGACUUUGAAUGGAGUUCCUAUGCAGGAAGGCACUGAUGUUGAGAUGGAGAAAGAAGGCACUAUGCACCGUCUCACUUUUAAAAAGACCAAAGCAUCAAUGACCGGACCUGUGCAGUUCACUGCAGGGAAGAGCAAAUCUCUUGCUCAGCUCACAGUCAAGGAGCGUCCACUUGAGAUAGCAGAGCAUAUCAAAGAUGUAAAAGCCAAGGAAAAAAGCUCUGCGAUGCUCAGUUGCAAAUUUUCUGCCACACCUAAAGAGGUGAAGUGGUUCAAAGGUCAGGUUCUUCUGGCAGCAUCAGAUAAAUACAAUAUAAAGAAGGAUGCAACGAGAGCUCAACUUACUAUUCAAAUGUUGACUGAAGAAGACAGUGGGGAGUACCGCUGCCAAUCAGGUCCUGCAGAAACCAAAGGGACUCUAACUGUUGAAGUGCGGGAAAUAAAGAUCACCAAACACCUGGCUGACACAGAGGUUGAUGAAGACAGUGAUGCAAUGUUCACAUGUGAGAUCAACUAUGCUGAUGAAGAUGCACAGUGGCUUCUGAAUGAUAAAGUGCUGUUCACCAAUGAAGUGAACACCAUCACACACGACAGUAAGGUCCACAAGCUUACCCUGAAGAACUUGGCUCCUCAGGAUGGGGGCACUAUUACCUUUCAAGUACGCAAAGUGAAAGAAUCUGUCACUCUGAAGGUUAAAGAGAAACGGGCUGUGUUCCUCAAGUCACUAGAUGAUGUCACAGGGGAGGAGAAAGGCAUGAUAACUUUGACAUGUGAAGCAAACAAGCCAAGAGUUUCUCCAAUAUGGAGAAAAGAGGAUAAAGUCCUGAAAGCCGGACUAAAAUACGAACUCCUUCACACGGGCAAGUCUUUGGGACUGAUCAUUAAAGAUGUCACCAAAGAAGAUGCGGGAGAGUACAGUUGUGAUCUUGGCACAGAAGUCACUAAGUCAAAGGUCAUUGUAAGAGAAAUUGGUAUUGGAAUCACGAAAAAACUGAAAUCUGUUGAGGCGAAUGAAGGGGACACGUGCAGCUUUGAGUGCAUUCUGUCACGUGAGAGCAUUGAUGACUGCAUGUGGUCUGUCAACGGCAGAACGGUAAAAAAUGAAGGUCGGUUUAAGAUCUCCAGUCAGGGACGCAAGUACACGCUGAUUGUGAAAGAUGUCACUCCUGCUGAUGCUGGUGAUGUAGUCUUCAGCAUUAAAGACCUGAGCUCCAAAGCAACACUAAAAGUUGAAGGAAAAGCUGCAUCGCUAUCAAAUGGACUUCAGAAUGUUUCUGCUGUUUGUGGUGAAGAUGCUGUUUUUACCUGUGAGGUGACACAUGCUAAUUUUGCCGUAAAGUGGGCCAAGGACGGCAAAGCCAUCAGAACAAGCAAGAAGUAUGAGAUCAGUCAACAGGAGAAGGUCAUGAAGCUGACCAUUCACAGUGUGUCUGCUGAAGAUUCUGGAGAGUACAGCUGUGAAGUCAUUGGAGGUGCAACCACAAGAGCCAAGCUGGAAAUUAAGGAACCAAUCCAUAAGUUCACCAAAGUGCUUGAGGACAUCGAAGCAGAUGAGAAGAGUUCUGUGACCUUGCGCUGUGAAACGGCACAAUCUGCAUCUAUGGUGACGUGGCUGAAAGGCCACACAGAGCUCAGGGCUGGAGGUCAAUACGAGAUGUCCCAGAAGGAGAGGGUCCUAACUCUGAUCAUUAAACAGCUGGAGGAGAAGGAUACUGACAUCUACACAUGUGACGUUGGCACUGCUAAGAGCAUGGCGAAGGUAACAGUCAAAGCACUGCCGGCAACAUUUGUAAAAAAGAUGGAGAGCCUGGAGGCUGAAGAAGGAGCCAGUGUCACUUUGCAUUGUGAGCUCUCCAAACCCGGAGUCCCUGUGGAGUGGAAGAAGGGAACACAGGUCCUGAAGUCUGGAGAGAAGUACCAGAUGAAGCAGAAGGCCUCUGUGAAUGAGCUCAUUAUUACCAAAGUGGUGCCAGAAGAUAGUGGAGACUACAGCUGUGUGUGUGGAGACCAGAAGACCACAGCCAGCCUCAAGAUCAAGGCCCAACCAGUGACCUUCAAACAGAAGCUGGAGAGUCUGGAGGCUGAAGAAGGAGCCAGUGUCACUUUGCAUUGUGAGCUCUCCAAAUCUGGAGUCACUGUGGAGUGGAAGAAAGGAACACAAGUCCUGAAGACUGGAGAGCAGUACCAGAUCAUGCAGAAGGCCUCUGUGAAUGAGCUCAUUAUUACCAAAGUGGUGCCAGAAGACAGUGGAGACUACAGCUGUGUGUGUGGAGACCAGAAGACCACAGCCAGCAUCAAGAUCAAGGCCCAACCAGUGACCUUCAAACAGAAGCUGGAGAGCCUGGAGACUGAAGAAGGAGCCAGUGUCACUUUGCAUUGUGAGCUCUCCAAACCUGGAGUCCCUGUGGAGUGGAAGAAGGGAACACAGGUCCUGAAGUCUGGAGAGAAGUACCAGAUGAAGCAGAAGGCCUCUGUGAAUGAGCUCAUUAUUACCAAAGUGGUGCCAGAAGAUAGUGGAGACUACAGCUGUGUGUGUGGAGACCAGAAGACCACAGCCAGCCUCAAGAUCAAGGCCCAACCAGUGACCUUCAAACAGAAGCUGGAGAGUCUGGAGGCUGAAGAAGGAGCCAGUGUGAUUUUGCAUUGUGAGCUCUCCAAACCUGGAGUCCCUGUGGAGUGGAAGAAGGGAACACAAGUCCUGAAGUCUGGAGAGAAGUACCAGAUGAAGCAGAAGGCCUCUGUGAAUGAGCUCAUUAUUACCAAUGUGGUGCCAGAAGACAGUGGAGACUACAUCUGUGUGUGUGGAGACCAGAAGACCACAGCCAGCAUCAAGAUCAAGGCCCAACCAGUGACCUUCAAACAGAAGCUGGACAGCCUGGAGACUGAAGAAGGAGCCAGUGUCACUUUGCAUUGUGAACUCUCCAAACCUGGAGUCCCUGUGGAGUGGAAGAAAGGAACACAGGUCCUGAAGUCUGGAGAGAAGUACCAGAUCAUGCAGAAGGCCUCUGUGAAUGAGCUCAUUAUUACCAAAGUGGUGCCAGAAGACAGUGGAGACUACAUCUGUGUGUGUGGAGACCAGAAGACCACAGCCAGCCUCAAGAUCAAGGCCCAACCAGUGACCUUCAAACAGAAGCUGGAGAGCCUGGAGGCUGACGAAGGAACCAGUGUCACUUUGCAUUGUGAACUCUCCAAACCUGGAGUCUCUGUGGAGUGGAAGAAAGGAACACAGGUCCUGAAGUCUGGAGAGAAGUACCAGAUGAAGCAGAAGGCCUCUGUGAAUGAGCUCAUUAUUACCAAAGUGGUGCCAGAAGACAGUGGAGACUACAUCUGUGUGUGUGGAGACCAGAAGACCACAGCCAGCAUCAAGAUCAAGGCCCAACCAGUGACCUUCAAACAAAAGCUGGAGAGCCUGGAGGCUGAAGAAGGAGCCAGUGUGAUUUUGCAUUGUGAGCUCUCCAAAUCUGGAGUCCCUGUGGAGUGGAAGAAGGGAACACAGGUCCUGAAGUCUGGAGAGAAGUACCAGAUGAUGCAGAAGGCCUCUGUGAAUGAGCUCAUUAUUACCAAAGUGGUGCCAGAAGAUAGUGGAGACUACAGCUGUGUGUCUGGAGACCAGAAGACCACAGCCAGCCUAAAGAUCAAGGCUGUGAAGCUGUCUCUACCUCCUUCAGCUGACAAACCAGAAAGCAAGACGCAGGAGAUCAAAGAAAAAUCUGAAGUCAAGAUGGGUGAAGUUAAAAGCGUUGAGCAGAAGAAACAGGCGAUACAUGAAACUGUAGAAGCUGUGACCGUGCCGACAACCGGCGAAGCGCCUAAACAGCAGCUACUCAAAGAGGAGAGUCAGAGAAGUUCAAGAGAGCUUGAUAAACAACGUGAAGUUGUUCCCAUCAUGUGCAUUGAAGACCUGCAAAGCCAAGUAUCAGAGGAGGGAGAGAGCAUCACUCUGCACUGCGAACUGUCUAAACCUGGAGUCCCUGUACAGUGGAAAAAAGGAACCGAAGUCCUGAGUUCUGGAGAAAAAUACCAGAUGACGCAAACUGGAUUAUGUUACAAACUACAAAUCCUUGAUUUGACUCCUCAAGACACGGGAACCUAUUUGUGCUGUUCAGAGGAGACAUUAAGCUCUGCAUCUCUUGUAGUGAAUGCCUCGCCAGUGUUUUUCACAAAGGAAUUGGAAAGCCAGAGUUUAGAAGAGGGCCAGAGUGCCACAUUACAGUGCGAGCUUUCCAAGUUAGGGGUUUCUUUGGAAUGGAGGAAAGGAGAGCUUGGCCUUUGUCCUUGUGGCAAAUACGAAAUUAGACAAAGAGAGAAACUGGCCACACUAACAAUCCAUAAUGUAGAGCCAGAAGACUCUGGAAGUUACACGUGUGACACCGGUGAACGGCAAAGCACUGCUAAGCUGGUUGUAAAGGCCAAACCGGUCCUUUUUAAAACCAAGCUACAAAACCUGGAAAGACAGGCAGGAGAGUCUGUUAGCUUUCACUGUGAGAUCACCAAACCGGGAGCCAGCGUGGUUUGGAGAUGUGGGGACAGGGUGCUGACAGCCAGCAGCAAAUAUCAGCUGAAACAGGAAGGGACUGCGGUGGAGCUUGUUAUCUAUAAACUGCAGGAAAGCGACGCAGGAGAGUACUCCUGUGAUACAGGCUUCCAGAAGACUUCAGCGACCCUUAGUGUGAAUGCCGUUGAGGUUCUCAUCCUGAGGUUCUUGGAGAGCUGUGUUGUUUAUGAAGGGGAAGAUGUUCACUUCGAGUGCCACCUUUCUCACGAGGAGGCUCCACAGACCCAGUGGAAACUCCAGGACGUCCCGCUGCAAAAUAACGAAAUGAAUGUGAUAAAGUCCGAGGGCCGGGUGCACAGCCUCCUUCUUCGAGGCGUCUCAGCAGCCGACUCUGGAACAGUCACUUUCACAGUGGGAAACCACACCUCCACUGCCUCUCUCACAGUCAGAGCACCAAUAUCCUUUAAAAAGGAGCUUGAAAGCCAAGAGGCCAGAGAGGGAGGAGAGACCACACUGUCCUGUGAGACGUCCAGCCCCGACUGUAAGGUGACCUGGCGGAUGGGCUCCACUGUCCUCUCUCAAGGAGAGAAAUACACCAUUCAGCAGAGAGCUGCCACUCACAGCCUGGUCAUACACAAGCUGGUAAAGGAAGACAGUGGUGAAUAUACCUGCGAUACCGGGGACAAGAAAAGCACUGCUAGGCUGACUGUAAAAGAGAAUGUCCGGAUCGUCCGUGAGCUCCUUGAUGUUACAGUGAUCAUCGGCCAGGACGCCAUCUUUGAGGUCGAGCUGUCACACUCGGGGGUCACUAACGGGGAAUGGUGGCUUGGAGACAACCUCCUCCAAAAUAACGACCUGAAUCAAAUGAGCGUUCAGGGCAGAGUUCACCGACUGGUCCUGAAGAUGGUAACCACAGAUGAAUCAGGGGAUGUUGCCUUUGUCGUUGGUGAGGAGAAGAGUGUGGCUUGCCUUCUGGUCACGGAGAAACCCAAAGUGGUAAUAUUAGAGAAACCUCACAACACUGCAGCAGUAGAAGGCGAAACCAUCACACUUAGCUGCACCAUCUCCGACUCCAAUGCCUCUGUCACCUGGAUGAGGAACAAUGUGCCAAUCCAAACCGGAAUCAAAUACGACCUGAGGAAGAAUGGAGCAUUACGUCAGCUUCGAAUCCACAACCUGUUGCCUGAGGAUUCAGGAAUAUACAUCUGUGACACUGGAGAUGCACAAUGUGAAGUCACUUUGACUGUGCAAGGUGCCCCAGUGUUCUUCAAGAAAGAGCUCAAGAACCAGGACACCAUAGAGGGCGAUGAUAUCACCCUGCACUGUGAGGUGUCUAAGCCAGGUGUCCGUGUUGAGUGGAGGAAAGGAGGCAUUGUCCUCCAGCCUAGUAAGAAGUAUGAGAUGAAGCAGGAAGGGUGCAUUCAAGAGCUCUGUAUUCACAACCUGGAACCUGAAGACAGUGGUUACUACACCUGCGAUGCAGGGGAGCAGCUCACAACAGCUUCUUUGGCAGUGCAAGUGAAAGAGGUCUUCAUUAUUACUGGUCUUAAGACCACUGACGUCUUUGUUGGGGAAUGGGCAACUUUCUCCUGCCAGUUGUCUGGAAGGGCGCCUGGUAAAGUGCAGUGGUGGCUGGACGGCACCUUGCUGGAGAACAGCCCCUGUAUUGAAAUAGGGACGGAACAGGGCUUUAUCUACACACUCACCUUUAAGAACCUGGCUACAGAUGAUUCAGGCACUGUCACAUUCAAAGUGGGCAACUUAACCUCAUCAGCCAAGCUCUUGGUCAAAGAUCCCACAGUUGAGGUGGUGAACGACAUGGAGGACAUCUGGGUGGUUGAAAACCAACCGGCUGAGUUCAUCUGCCAGUUCUCCAGGCCAGUCAAAGCUCAGUGGAGAAAAGACGGGCAGCUUUUGCAGCCUGACGGCCGAAGGGUGGUAGUGGAGCAGGACUGGAGUGUCGCUCGCUUGUACAUUAACCGUGUGUCCAGUGGUGACACGGGGACGUAUUCCUGUGAGGCAGAAGGUACCUGUGGGGUCGCUUCACUUCAUGUGGGAGCCAAACCCAUUAACUUUGUUCAAGGCUUGGAAAACGUGGAAACGUUUGAUGGGGGCGAGGCGUUGUUCGAGUGUGCCCUUUCUCGCCCUGAGAGCAAAGACUGCCACUGGCUUCUUGAUGGGAAACCAGUGAAGGAAUCGCCUAAAGCGGAGAUUGUGUCUUUUGAAAGUGGUCGCCGCCACUUGCUGCUCUUGAAAGAUCUACACGACAAAGACAGCUGCACAGUGACGUUUAAAGCUGGUACAGCUUCCACCUCUGCCCAGCUCACUGUCAAAGGUUGGAAGGUGGACAUUGUGCAGGGUUUGGAGGACAAAGUGACUGCUGUGGGAGAGAAGGUCGAGUUUUGUGUUAAGCUUACCGAGCCUGUUCCUGCAACAGACGUGGCCUGGUACGCUAACGGAGUUGAACUCAAAGCCAGCAACCUCUGGGCCAUGAGGGUCGAUGGCAGUUCUUAUCACCUCGUCUUGAGACAAGCCCCGCUCAUGCCUCAACAGGAAAUUACUUUUGCAGCUAGGAAUGCUCUCUCUUUGGCAAAACUUACCAUCAUCACUGCACCUGACCCUCCGGAGGAUCCAGAAGUCCUCAGUAAAACUACUGAGUCUGUCACACUCUCCUGGUUUACGCCUCUUCAUGAUGGAGGGAGUCCUAUCAUGGGCUACAGGGUGGAAAUGCGGCUGGUGGACAGCGCCCUCUGGCUUCCAUGUCAAGCUGAGCCAGUUUGUAACACAGAAUUUGUGGUGGAAAAUCUGGUGCCUGGGAGUGGCUACAGGUUCAGAGUGGCAGCGAUUAACAAAGCUGGGAUUGGUGAGCCAGUUGAGCUUCCUCUGACAGUGCAGCUGGAUGCAAAACAGACAAAAGUAAUGGAACAGCCCAGUCUGCCUCCUGAGGCGGCUGAGGAAGGGGAACUCCAUGACCUGUGGGACGCAUCAGCAAAGAAACGGCGCAUGAGCAGAGAGCCCACUCUGGACUCCAUCUCAGAGCAACCUGAGGAGAAUGUCAAGGGUGGAAAAAAACAACAGAAAGAGUCUGUGUCAUCGGAAAAAGUGGAAAUCAUAGCAGCUGAGAAGGAGCAAGUUGUUGUGUCCAAGAAACAGUCAGAAUCCGCCCAGUCCAUCAGUUCUGAGGAAGAGAUUGUUGCUGGAGGCUCGUCCCUCGUGUCUUACCUCAAAAAGAGCAGCAAGACUGAAGCAACAGCAACCAGCGAGACAGAGACUCUAACUGCUGAGAAGUUUUUUGCUCAUUUCCAAAUGGUUGAGAAGAAAACUGUGCAGCAGACUGAAACAAAAGCAACAAUAAUACAGAAAACAGAAGAAAAACAGCUGGCGACUCAGGACACCGGCGUCAUGGAGAUCACAAAAGAGGAGGAGCCUGAGCUUACAGAUGCUGCCAUCAAGAUUCAAGCUGCCUUCAAGGGUUACAAGGCUCGCAAGGACAUGCGUCCCAUUUUCAAGGAGGUCUUCAAAGACCAAACCAAAGAACCCAAUGACACCAUUCAUCUUGAAUGUGUGACAGAAGGUAAACCAGACAAGGUGCGCUGGUUGAAGGACGGAGAAUUGCUGAUGGAUGGCAAACAUCAUCAUAUAGAUAUCUACAACGAUGGCACCUGCUCUCUGGUCAUCACUGCCAUCACCACAAAGGACACUGGGGUCUAUACCUGUGAGGUCACCAACAAGUUUGGAGUAACGUCUCACAGUGCUAAGGUGACAGUAGGAACGGUGAGGGAAUCUUCGGGCCGACGACCACUGACGAUAGGUUACAGUGCCGACAGUGAGCCAGAGAGCUCCUCUGGAAGUGAGAUGGAUGAAUCACUGAGGCAGGCCGGCAGACGCCUCAGGCGCCUUCUGCGCACCCGCCUCCCACCCGACGUUGAGGAAGAACCGUUUAUCAGCGCAGACGAAGGCGACUUGCACCCCCCGGACCCUCACUCCUACCGUGAGGAUGAAAAUUACAUCUACAUUCGCUUUGAUUCCCGAGCAGAGGCUGAGGUCGCAUCUAAUAGAUUCCAAGAGAUGUUCACGGUCCACGGAGUGCCUGUGGAGACCGCCAUCAUAGCAGCGGGGAUUCACAAAGUGGAGUUGCGGAUUAAAAAGAUGGGCUACAUCCAGGAUGGCACACAGACCCCAACACAAGAUCAACAGCCUCCUGCUUUAUUGACUGGAGCACCGGCUGCCCCGGUGUUCUUGACGGAGUUACAAAGCCAGGAUGUUCCUGAUGGCUAUCCCGUCAGCUUUGACUGCGUUGUGAUUGGUAAGCCCCCUCCCACUGUUCGCUGGUAUAAGGAUGGCAAGCUGCUGGAGGAAAAUGACCAUUACAUGAUCAACGAGGACCAAGAGGGCUGCCACCAGCUCAUCAUCACCUCUGUGUUGCCCACUGACAUGGGCGUCUAUCGCUGCACAGCCGAAAACAGCAGUGGGAUUACUGCCACUAAAGCUGAGCUUAGAGUUGAGAUGUCGUGCAGCUCAGAUUAUGACACGGCUGCAGAUGCCACUGAGACCUCGUCUUAUGUCAGUGCCAAAGGCUAUGUUUCUAGUAUGGAAACUGAAACGUUUGAAUCCAUAAGUGAAGAUGAUCAGCUGCCUCAAGUUGUAGACGAACUUCACGAUCUUCAUGUCAGCCCCGGUUCACCUAUAGCUAAGCUGCAUCUCAAAGUAAAAGGGUUUCCUAAACCUAAAGUGUACUGGUUCAAAGAUGGCCAGCCUCUCCAACCCUCUGAAAGGAUCCAGGUGUCAGCAGAGAGAGAUAGUCAUGCCGUGGAGAUCCUUGAGGUGAAGAGAGAGGACACGGGGGAGUAUUCUGCUUACAUCAGCAAUGCAGCGGGUUCUGCUUACUCCUCUGCCCGUCUGAUAGUACUCAGUCCUGGGGAGAUUAUGCCACAGGACAAAAAAGAUUCCAAGGAGCCACUGGUGCCGCCCCGCUUCCUUGAGAGGUUCAGCAACAGGAAGGUGAAGCAAGGUGCAAGCAUCACUCUCUCUGUCAAGGUUGAAGGAUCUCCUACUCCCACGGUCUCCUGGCUGAAGGAGAAAUCAUCAGAGGAUGUCUUGUGGAUUAAACCCGAUACUAAGGGAUACAAAAUAGCGAACUCUGGUCGCCGGCACAGCCUCAUACUGAUGGACGUCAGCAAGGAGUAUUCUGGCAUCUACACCUGUAUUGCUACAAACAGAGCAGGGCAGUCGCUCUGCACGGCUCUGCUGGAGGUAGACGACGCAUCACAACCAAAGAAAGAUACAGCAGCUUCAGAGGUGCUUGGGAUUACAGUUAGUCCUCCAGAAGAGGAGGCUGGCAGACGAAGUGAGGGUAGAAUCCCCUACUUAGGAGAAGUUGGUACAGAGGAAUUCCUAAUGAAGCUCACUUCUCAGAUCACUGAAAUGGUUUCGGCAAAGUUUACCCAAGACAGUUUACAGAAUCACGAGGUGCUCCAGUGGAUGAAAUCUUGGCCCAAGUCUGCCACUUCCUUACGAGUACCAGGUAUGGACAGUGAUGACGAGACCAAAACUCCUUCUCCAUCGCCCCAUCACGGUCGCUCUCGUCCUCCUUCCCUCAUGGCAGAUUCCUCCUCGGAGUCAGAUGAAGGAGAUGCCAGAGGAGAGAUGUUUGACAUUUAUGUGGCAUCGGCGGACUACAGCCCUACUAUUGCAAGCAAAGACUCCAUCUCUCUCAAAGAGGGACAGUACGUUGAGGUUUUGGACUCAGCUCACCCUCUUAAAUGGUUGGUCCGUACCAAGCCGACCAAAACAACACCAUCACGGCAGGGCUGGGUGUCACCUGCCUACUUGGACAAAAAACUCAAACUCUCUGCUGAUGCGGGGGAUCUUCCAGAAGCAAGUGUAGAGGAGGUUUCUGAAGGGGAAUACAAGAGGAAGUUAUUCCAGCUGAUGCAGGACCUGAUAAACGGAGAAUCCGAGUUUGUCAAGGAGGUGGAGUUCUUCACAUCUCACCACCUGAAGCACGCUGACAGUGCAGAUGCUCCACAUGACAUCGCCAGCCAGAAAGACACCAUUUUCAGGAACGUUGAUGACAUCAAGUCCUUCCAUAGCAAGACAUUCCUUCCAAAGUUGCAUGAGUGUGACACAGAUGAUGAUGUAGCUAUGUGCUUCCUGAAAAACAAGGAAGGGUUUGAACAGUAUCUCCAGUAUCUUGUAGGACAGAACCAAGCUGAGUCUGCUGUCAGUGACAAGACUGUCCAUCGCUUCUUUAAGGAGUACACUGAGAAAGCACAGGUGAAUGCAAACCCUGCAGAUCCCCCAGUUCGAAGCAUCAAUGCCUACUUGCAGCAACCACUGGAGAGGAUUCAGAAGUACAAGGCCUUCCUUAAGGAUCUCAUUCGAAACAAGGCACGAAACGGCCAGAACUGCUGCCUCCUGGAAGAGGCAUACGCAAUGGUGUCUGCACUCCCUCAGCGUUCUGAGAAUACCCACCAUGUCUCUCUGAUCGAGAACUAUCCUGCUACCCUGGAAGUUCUCGGAGAACCAAUCAGACAGGGACCUUUCCAAGUCUGGGAGGGAGCUCCUGGAAUUAGAACGUCAUCUCGGGGUCACCACCGCCAUGUCUUCCUCUUUAGGAACUACUGCAUCAUUUGCAAACCCAAAAGAGACAGCAACACUGAUACCCAGGCAUAUGUUUUUAAGAACAUGAUGAAGCUGAAUAACAUCGAUGUGAACGAGACGGUGGAAGGUGACGACCGCGCCUUCGAGAUCUGGCACGAAAGGGAGGACUCUGUGAGAAAGUACACUUUACAGGCCCGAACAGUUACCAUCAAGAACUCCUGGCUGCGAGACCUCAGGGAACUGCAGCAGCGCUACAGCAUGCCCGCAUGGAGUCCACCUGAUUUUGAAGAGAUUUUGGCAAACUGCACAGCAGAGUUGGGCCAAACGGUUAAACUCGCCUGCAAAGUCAGUGGAGUGCCCAAACCUGUAGUUACCUGGUACAAAGAUGGGCGUACAGUAGAGGCAGAUCCUCAUCACAUCAUCAUAGAGGACCCAGACGGCUCCUGCACGCUGAUCCUGGACAACAUGACUGCAGAUGAUUCGGGCCAGUACAUGUGCUUUGCAACAAGCCCGGCAGGCAACGCAAGUACUCUUGGAAAAAUCACUGUUCAGGUGCCUCCUCGUUUUGUAAAUAAAAUUAGGAAUGCUGUCUUUGUUGCUGGCGAAGAUGCUCAGUUCACCUGUGUGAUACAAAGUGCCCCCAGCCCAAAAAUAAGAUGGUUCAAAGAAGGCCGCCUACUGACUGACCAGGAGAAGUACCAGACCUACAGCGAGCUCCGUAGCGGCGUUCUAGUUCUGGUUAUAAAAAACCUGACUGAAAGAGACCUUGGACACUAUGAGUGUGAGCUGUCCAACCGCCUGGGCAGUGCCAAGUGUGCUGCAGAUUUAGUUGUUCCUUCUGCUGUGGGCCGCACUGGGGAGCAGGCCAUCACCAUUGAAGUUACCGAACAGGAGACUAAACUACCAAAGAAGACCAUCAUCAUUGAGGAGACAAUUACCACUGUGGUGAAGAACCCACGCAUGAGGAGACACAGAUCUCCGGGCUUGAUUGCUGCUGGAGCUCACCGCUCAGAGACUUCCACCCCGGAGCCACCCGCAACCAGGUCAAGAAGGAUGCCGACCCCGAGAAAGACCACCAUCCCUACUUUCUAUGUUACUGAGCCCGAGGGAGCUGGAGCCAGGGCAGCAGAGAGCAAGCCCCGGUGGGUUGAAGUGGAGGAGGUCAUCGAGUAUAAGGUCAAUAAGUCUCCCAGGCUGUCCAGGAGAAGAGGGAUCUCACCUGCAGGCUCCGAUCGUGCAGCCACCCCCUCCCGACCCAAGAGGUCUCCCCUGGAGAACCUGAACGUGAACAACUCCAACAACAAGCUGGCGGAGCAGGAACAUCUGAAGGAAGAGAUCAGCAGCCAGACCGCCUCCUGGGGUGAAGAAGAGCCUCAGGCUACCUCCGGCUCAGCUUCGAGGGAACCACGCGAACUGUCAUCCGUCUUAACGCCCGCAGAAGAUACCGAUGACCAGGACGAUCAACACACUGUCGUUUUUGAACCGGGCGACGAGGAGAGUGAGACGCCUGAACCAGUGCUUCUGAAACGAGGCGACCGUAUUUUAAACCUGGAGGACUUGGAGGAUUACAUCCCAGGAGAAGGAGAAACCUACGCCUCCUCCUGCGCCUCCCAGGUCCCCGAUGAGAAGCCCUGUGAGAUCUCUGUCCUUCAGAGGGAGAUCGGGGGCUCCCAAGUGGGACAGCCGGUGCUUCUCCAUGUGGGGCGGCCUGAUAUUGUUCCAAGGCAGAGGAGUGGCUUCUUCGGCCGUUUCAGGGAGCACCUCCCCAGCAGCCUUUUCCCCUCGGCCUCCCCGCCUGCCGGCGGAGCGCGACCCGGGAUGGAGAGACAAGUCCCGAUCCGAGUGAGCCACGCGAAGCUGGAGGUGCAGCCCUCUUACUGCACCGAGGUGCAGAGAGUAGAGGGCGGGCAGCAGAGCUUUAAAACCAAAGUGUCCACUCAAACCUACGGUUACACCUCAGUCGGAAAGCCCGUCACUCUUCAAAUUAAAGAGAAACCCUUUCAAAGCCAGUAAACAACUUUCAAUCGGUGACCCAAAAUCAUUAGUCUUAAAUGGAUGCAUUUCUGUUUGCGUGAUUUAAAAAAGAAAAAAAGAUCUAAAAUAAAAGAAUACCUGCUACAUUUAACAAACCAUUCCGUGUGGAAGCAGCAGCCGGUCAGAAAAUAGUCUGAUCCUCAGUGGUUUUUUUAGCGGGAUUCAGGGUUCUCUUAAGGCUAGGGAAUGUGGAAACUGUAAAUUGUAGGGCUGUUUCUCCGUGAGCAGGUUUCAGUCUCAUUCUGUAUUUUUUUCCAACGGCUGCGUGACAUGCAGAUAUGAAUUAUGAGUUAAAAUGUUACUGUUUCAUCAGUUUGAUGGUUGCUUUCAUAGUUGCCAUCUCUGGAAUAGUAACUGAACCAAGCAGUAAAAUAAUGAAAGCCUCUGGCUUUCUUUCUGGAUACUCAUUAAAUGCAUAGUGUUAUUUCUUCGGAGGUUUGUUUUGUACUGUUCAGAAACUGCCUUUGGAUUUUAAAAGCGGAGCAUAUUUACAAGACAACGUAGACUUUGACUUUCUUUGUUGCUUGUUGUUUAAGUUUAACGACUGGUGUGCAAUUAGAUUCUAGUAACACUUUGGUGUAGAUGUAUGUAUGAUUCCUUGGUUAGCUUCAGAUCACUUAGUAGAUUGUAGCAAUGAGUAUUGUACCUGAAACAAGUCCCUCAACACACUCUACCAUUUUCAACCAAGCUUCUGAGACAUUUAGAGCCUUUCGAUGCUUUGCAGUCACCUGCAAACUCAAAGGCUUUAACAAGGAUGCCCGUUUGUGUGUCAGUGACAUAUUUACAUGUGUGGCUGCAUGGAUUUGCUUUCUGAAGCAAUCGUGUUAAACAGAACUGUCUUGUAUUUAAGUUAAAAUGUUAAAAGUCCUGAAAUUCCAGGAUUUUACUACCUGAUGUUGCAGUGUUCGGGUUGUUACAAGGUGUCAUUUAAAGGGUAUGGACUAAGUAUGUUAUAUUAUUAGCUCUAAUGGAUUGUAAUUGCUUGCAAUUUUCUUGUGUAGUUUUGGACAAAAACGAGAUUGAGCACCAAGUGGUAAAUAAAUGUACAGAAAAUACUAAAUUAA